AUGUCAUCCUCUGUUUCGAUUGAAGACAUUUUCAGAAGUAAUAAUUUCACUGUCUAUCUUCUAAGUGUUGUCUUCAGUUCGUGCAUUCUCAUCAUUUUCACAGCAUUGUAUUUCCUUGUUCUCAUCAUUCGAUGUUGUCUUCAACAGAGAGUCGAAAAGAAAAUUCGACUCGAACAACAAGCUCGGGACAAGGAAGAAUUGAAACAACAAAAACAUGCUUCAAAACCAAAGACCAUCCCUUUAACACCUUCUUCUCAAGAACAAUCUCAACACUUGUCAGCCAAUGCCAUCCAUCAUCGAUCGUCGGCUGUCAUUGACAUUGCCAAUGAUCAUCAAAUUGAAAUUUCACAAGAUUCCAAACAUCAAAACAGUGGAGUCAUUGUUCAAGGUGUGAGUAUGAGUGGAAUGGAAUCCAUCACUGGAACGAGUAACCAUGCGGUCGGAGGUGUCGGAGUCGGAGGUGUGACUACUUUAUUGCAAUUUGAUCCAUUUGCUUAUGAAGAUGAAAGUGAAGAAUGGACCUGUGGUGCAUGUAGCAAAUCCUUGAAGUGUUGGAUUGGAAUGGAAUUGUUAUAUUUUGUUGAAAAUGUUCUCUUAUUGUUUAUGGUCUAUGCAUUGAUUACUUAUAUUUCAUCUUUGGUGGCAUUUCAAUAUCUUCACUGGGGUGCAGGAAUUGCCAUUAAUCUAUUUCUCACUAUCCUUACAGUUCUUCAUGGAGUUCGCUAUCGAUUAAUUCAUGACAAACUCCAAUCUAUGGUCGAUUUGGAAGAAGAACCAUCUGUCACUGCCACGUCACCCAAUCAUGAUAACUUUCGUGAAACUAUUGUGGAUGACCAUCAAAUUCCAACCCUUACACUUAAUCAUCAUUUAAAAGAUUCUCAACAAGAUAAUUCAAAAGAUUCUCAACAACAUGUUGCUCGAAUGGAAACCAAUACCUCCAUGUCAGCUUUCACAAAUGGAAUUGAGAACCAUGCUCCAAGUGCUCCAGAAGUGUCAAUGGCAUCAAACACCAUGAGCUCAGCAACCACAGAAGGAGAUUCUCAAACACAAUCGUCACAAAUUCAAUUAUUGAAUAAUAUUCAACCUCAAUAUUAUCAAAAUUUAGUGGUUGCCUCCUCACCUGUGCCUUCAACGCCAUCCAAUGUGGCAGCAAGUAGUGAAAUUGAAUUGAUGCCAGUGAAUCAAAAUAAUGACAAUGCUUCAUCAUUACAAGCAGCUUUGAGUGGUGGUGAUGACAACAAUAAUGCAAAUAUGGAAAUGAAUAUGGAUGAAUUAACUUCUGUCAGACGUCAACAAACCAAACUAGUCAUUUUAAGACAAGAAGAUGUCAAUGAAAAUGUCGACAUUCACAAAUUCAAAAUACUCGAUGGACCUCCAAAAGUAUAUGAAGAAAUUUCCACCACAGCUGCAUCCUCCUCCAACAAGAAGAAGAAAAUUCACAAAAGAAUUCUUUCACCUCUUGAAAUCUAUUUUAAAUCCAUUCAAUACGGAAUUGUGAAUCGAUUCAUUCUCUUCAUUCUCUAUUUAAUUCUAGCCAUGGUCAUUACCAUUGUUUUAACAUCCUUCUUUUAUGGAACUUGUAUUUGUUUAAAUGAUUUUGAAUUUUCAACAACCUUUACGAGAUAUGUCAACUCGAGAGAAUCACUCUCCGUGUGUGGAGAGAGAAAAAUUUGUUCUCAAGUGCUCAUGCUUCCAGAAAGACCUCAACGAGAAAUGAUUGUGAAAUUUUUCACAGAAUCUCGACCACAAGGAGUUUCUUUUGUGAUUUAUUCCACAAAUGCAACGACAAGUUUGAAUGCAUUCAUGCAACAAGAGAGUUUUUCACAAUUAUUGGAUGGAAGUGCACUCUACAGUAACAUGUCGGUUGUGAAUUCAUUAUUAAGUGCAUUUAACAGAAAUAAUGGCAAUACUUUAUAUCUACAAACUUGUAGUGUUGAAGAUUUGAAUGAAUUUCAAACAGAACUCAUUCAACGUUAUGUCCAUACUUGUGUAUUGAAUACACCAGCACUUACACCACAAACGACCUACUACUUUUCAACAUUUUAUUUUACAAUUGCGGAGAGAUUAUCCAAUGAAUUUACAGCCAAUGUGACCUCCAAUUACAAAACUUUGUUAGUGAGCUCAAAUAUUAGCAAAUUUACCACCUUUUCAUCAAGUGGAGGAAAUUCCAUUAAAUUUAUAGUGAGUGGAGAAGUUGGAUUGAAUGAUAAAUCUCUCAGUAUGAUGAAACAAGCCAUUCAAAACUCAAACCCAUCCUUUAUUGCCUUUACUGGAAAUAUUGCAUUUGAUAAUGGAUUUUUAACAUGUUAUGGAAGAUGGGUGAGAUUUUUAUCGAGAUAUCAAUCGAUUGCCUAUGAUUCGAAUAAUAAUUCAAUUCCAUUAUUGACAGCCAUUGGAAAUCAUGAAACAUUGUUUUGGAGAUUUAAAGCAAAUUCAGGAAAUGAUCUAAGACCUUAUCGAGCAUUUAUUUUACAUGAAACAAACAAGACAGCAAGUACACAGGAAUUUUCUCACAUGCAUUAUUUAUUGAAUGAAAAUUCUACCACAUGUUCCAUGAUGGUUUUAGAUAGUCAUGUGGUGAAUAGUCAUGAAUCACAACAAUCGUUUAUUAACUCGAGAUAUGCAAGAGGAGAUGACAAGUAUCGAAUGGUCAUGUAUAAUAUGCCAUUGUAUCCAUCUGUGUCAGAUUAUGAUACGGAAUUAUCAAAGAAUGGUCGAACCUAUUGGUCUCCUCUCUUUACUGCUCACAAUGUGACACUUGCAUUUGAAGGUUAUGAUCGAUCUUACAAGAGAACAAAAGUGAUCACGUCAUCACCAACAGCCACGGUAUCAGCAAAUAUUCAAGUUCAGAAUCAAUCGAGUUGUCCCUUUCAUCUUGGUACCACUCAUGUUGGAGAUGGUUCCAUGGGAGCAGAUUUAGCCAGAUCCUUAUCGACUGUUACUACAACUGUUGCAAAUUUGUUCCACACUCGACAAAUAUCUCGCAACUACAAAGAAGUCACAUGUGACAGCAUGAAUGGAGUGAAAGUGAAAGUUUUUGAUGAUAAUGGAGCUUUAUUGGAUUAUUUUGAGAGGUAUUAA